CCGCCGCCGCCGCCGCCGCCCGGGAGCCGAGCAGGGCCGGGCCGCCGACAUGCUGAGCCGGCUCGGGGCGCUGCUGCAGGAGGCCGUGGGGGCGCGGGAGCCCAGCAUUGACCUGCUAGAGGCCUUCGUGGAGCAUUGGAAGUGCAUCACGCACUACUACAUUGAAAGCACAGAUGAAAACACCCCUGCCAAGAAAACGGAUAUUCCCUGGCGGCUGAAGCAGAUGCUGGACAUCCUGGUGUACGAGGAGAGGCAGCAGACAGGAGCUGGCGAGGCUGGGCCCUGUCUAGAAUACUUGCUGCAACACAAAAUCCUGGAGACCCUAUGCACACUGGGCAAGGCCGAGUACCCCCCGGGCAUGCGACAGCAGGUAUUCCAGUUCUUCAGCAAGCUUCUGGCCCAGGUGCAGCAUCCCCUCCUGCAUUAUCUCAACGUCCACAGGCCCGUGCAGAAGCUUCUCCGACUUGGUGGGACAGUCCCCGGAUCCCAGACAGAAAAGGAGGAGGUACAGUUCACCACCGUCCUCUGCUCAAAGAUCCAACAGGACCCAGCUCUGCUCACCUAUAUCCUGGAAGGUAAAAAGAUGGUCAGUAGGAAGAAGUCAUCCAGAGAACCCAGCACCCUGCCUAGAGAGGCAGCCAACAUCCCAGACAAGGACGACCCGCACAGCAAGGCUCCUGACAGGAGUUCCGGUGGGGCCCAGGCCUUGAGCCCCCAGCCGCCUGCCGAGAUGGAGGAGCCGGGUGGAGGGGCUGCAGACAGCAACCUCAUCACGUCCCUGAUGGGCUUGUGCAAGAGCAAGAAAGGUCGGGUGGCUCUGAAGGCCCAGGAAAACCUGCUGCUCCUGGUAAGUGUGGCUUCGCAGGCAGCUGCCACCUACCUGGUGCAGAGCAGCCCUUGCUGCCCUGCUGUCGCCGAGCAUCUCUGCCAGCUGUACCAGGCCCUGCCCACCUUCCUGGACCCAGCAGACAUUGCCGCUUUAGAGGGUAUCAGCUGGAGGCUGCCCAGCGCCCCAUCUGAUGAGGCUGCCUUCCCUGGCAAGGAGGCCUUGGCUGCCUUUUUGGGCUGGUUUGAUUACUGUGACCACCUCAUCAUGGAGGCACACAUGGUGGUUGCAGACGCCUUGGCAAAGGCUGUGGCUGAGAAGUUAUUCGUGGAGAUUCUGCAGCCCCACCUCCUGCAUGUUUCAGAGCAGAGCGUCCUGACCUCCACCGCCUUGCUCACGGCCAUGCUGCGUCAGCUCCGCUCCCCGGCGCUGCUGCGAGAGGCCGUGGCUUUCCUCCUGGGCACAGAGCCACAGCCUGCAGCCCCCGACGACGGCCCCCGCACUCUGUGCGCUCACCUCAUCGGGCAUUGCGACCACCUCUCUGAUGAGAUCAGCAUCACCACACUGCGGCUAUUCGAGGAGCUGCUCCAGAAGCCGCACGAGCGGAUCAUCCGCAGCCUGGUGCUGGGCCACCUGGAGGGCCGCCAUUAUGUGGCCCGGGGCUCCCCCGAGCCCGAGAGCUACGAGGACACCGUAGAUUUGGAGGAAGACCCCUACUUCACAGACGGCUUCCUUGACUCCAGCUUUCAACCCUCUGCAAAGCACCCCCCGGCCCCCCUCACCAACUUAGAUGGCAAAACAGCCGUGACUGAGAUCGUCAACAGUUUCCUCUGCCUGGUUCCUGAGGAAGCCAAGACCUCGGCUUUCCUGGAGGAGACCGGAUAUGACACGUACGUCCACGAUGCCUACGGACUGUUCCAGGAAUGCAGCUCCCGAGUAGCCCCUUGGGGCUGGCCCCUGGGUCCCACACCCCUGGACCCCCAUGAACCCGAACGGCCUUUCUUUGAGGGUCACUUCCUCCGAAUGCUGUUUGACCGCAUGUCCCGGAUUUUGGAACAGCCAUACAGCCUGAACCUGCAGGUGACCUCAGUCCUGUCCCGGCUUGCCCUCUUCCCCCACCCCCUUAUCCAUGAGUACCUCCUGGAUCCCUACAUCAACCUGGCCCCUGGCUGCAGGAGUCUGUUCUCUGUGCUUGUCAGGGUGAUAGGGGACUUGAUGCAGAGAAUUCAGAGGGUUCCCCAAUUCCCAGGCAAACUGCUCCUGGUGCGCAAGCAGCUGAUGGGUCAGGUUCCCGGGGAGCAGCUGGACCACCAGACCCUCCUCCAGGGUGUGGUGGUUCUUGAGGAAUUCUGCAAGGAGCUGGCUGCCAUCGCUUUUGUCAAGUUCCCCCCACAUGGACCUCACCUGCACCUUUCUCCUCCCCGAGAAGGGCACGUCUGAGCCAGGAGCAGGACAGGACACCUCUGCCCGAGAGCUCCCUCCCACCUGGCACUGCCGCCACCUCCUGCCUCCCAGGGUGGGGGCUCGGCUCCAUCUCCUCUACAUCCCAGGCGCUUCUGCCUCUGAGGAGGCCUGGGCUUCCACUCCAGGUUCACUCCAGGAGACCCGGGCCUGUCAGCCACACGAGACUGGGUUCGGGGAGUGGGUCUCCAAGGUACCAGAAGCCACGGAGCAAAAGAGAUGGCCUCCCAGACAGCAUGGUGUCCUCGGGGCCUUCUCAGGGGAGCUGGGUAAUUGCCAGGUGAGCAGCCAGGCCCAAACCCUCGCGUGUUCUGUGUCUACAGGCCAUUUCCGGGGCCAAGACUUAUGGUCAGUCCCAGGGGCACAGAGGGGAGUGAGUGAUGGUUCUGAUGCUGGUCAGGACUGCAGGCCAGAGAGACGGGGGUACAGGAGCCCUGUCUCUGACACAGUAGGUGCCACAGACACUGCUGACACUUGACAUUUUUUUCUCUUGCCUUCUUGGCUUAACCUGUGGCAAAGGCACAGUGGAUAGCCAGGGAAGCCCACUGUUCCUGCCCAGCCCUCCUAGAGACUGUUGCAAAAUUCCCAACCGCCUCGUGGCAAAUAUCCAAAGCCUGCUCCGCGCCCAGGUGGGGGCAGCUGCUAAUGAGAGCCUUGGUACAACUGCAGCCAGGGCGGGAGAGGGCUUGGGAAGUGGGGGGGCUGGGUGCCAGGCUCCGGCUCCAGCUGGUUUCUCUCUGGCGCCUCUGAACCCGUCUCGGCAGGUCCAACACACCUGGGCAGAGGGGCUCAGAGACCGGGGGAGGCCAGGCCUGGCCCUCAGCAUUCCACCCCGCCGCAGUGUCCUUGAUGGAAUACUGUUCCAGGAGAGCCAGGGAGCUCAGGACAGACGAGGCCAGGACGCCCACCUGACCCCAGGCCCCCAAGGCCUGGCGGGGAGGUGCUGGGGCACAGGCAACCAGUUGUAGUGUUGUUCUCCCUACGUGCCCUUCACGGCUGGGGCUGCCACCCCACCCGGCCCGAAUCUGUCUCAACCUGCAGGAACACACAGGCGGCGCCAGGCAUUACCUCACAGCAGGACUGCAGUUGCUGGCUUCGCUCCUGGGCAAGGAGGAGCAGGCCAGAGCCUCUUUCGCUUCCUUUUCCUGCCUGUGCCGCUUCUAGAAGCCGGCCGCAGGUUGCCAGGAGGUGACAUGAAAGAGGAGGAACUCAGUGACCUCUCCCUCUCCUGCAUUCCUCCAAGCUGCGGAGGACUUAACUGCCGCUCUGAAGGACACCAUGCCUGUGCGUGCAUGCGUGUGCGCGCACGUGGGAGUUGGCGUGGGACAGGACAGCCGAGCUCACGGGGCAAACGGAGUCUGCACUCUGCAAGUCAGAAAACGUUUGAGCGUCCGGGAGUCACAGAUCCUCUCCUCCUCCAUCCCCUUCAGCAUUUGCACUGCGUCCCCCCAGACGACACAGCAAUAAAUGAUUUGGUUGCAUGGACACA